CAAAAAUCACCUUCUCUCCAAGCGUUUGCCCUCCUCUCCCUCUCACCCCCUCCAAACAAAGUGACCCCCCGACCUGCCCCCAAUUUCUCCAGCUUAACGAGAGCCAAUGGAGGAUUCGAACACGGGGAAGAACAGCAGCUCGCCAUUCCUGUACGUAGAAACCAAUGAAGGAAACAACUCGAUGCUUGUUCCCGUCGUGUGCUACGCUCCAAUUAUGAGCACCAAGACAGGCGUGUGGCUUGAAGAUAGCUUCUUAACAUUCCCCUUCCCCCUCUUCCUCUUCCAAUGCUUGCUUAUUAUUGCCACCACACGAGCCAUCGACUUCCUCCUCCGCCCACUUCGUCAGCCUCGCUACAUCUCCGAGAUCGUGGGUGGGUUCGUGUUGAGCUCGUCGGUGAUGGGACAGAUCCCGGGUUUCAGCCAGAACGUGUUCCCGUUGUCGAGCCUGCUGACCCUGGACGGCGUGGCCCACCUGGGCCUCAUCUACUACAUCUUCGUGGCGGGCAUCCAGAUGGACGUGGACUCGCUCAGGGCCCGAGAAAUCCGACCGUUAGGGUUCGCCGCGGCGUGCAUGCUGCCACCGCUGGCCAUCACGUGGAAGCUGGGCGCCAAGGUCCACCAUCUCUUCGGGGAGAGCACCCAGAAGGGCGCCUUCCUCGCCUUCCUCGGCGUCGCGGUCAUCGUGACCGCCUUCUCGGUGCUGGCCCGCAUCCUCGCGGAGAUGAAGCUGAUCGGCUCCGACGUGGGACGGAUCUCUCUCUCGUCCGCCAGCCUCACCAACAGCGUGACGUGGAUGGUGCUGGCGACGGCGAUGGCGCUCGCGCGGGAAGGAGGCAAGGAGAUGGAGAAGUCGAUCUACGCGAUGGUGUCGGGGGUCGCGUUCUACGUGGCGUGCCGGUGCCUGGUGCGGCCGGUGGUGGUGUGGUUGGCGCGGCAGACGCCGGAGGGGGAGGAGGUGGACGAGCUGCACAUGUGCGGGAUCCUGGUGGGGGUGAUGGCGGCGGCGUUCACGGCGGACGCCAUCGGGAUGCACGCCAUCUACGGGGCCUUCCUGCUGGGUCUGAUGGUGCCCAACGGGCAGUUCGGGGAGGCCAUCGCGGACAAGGUGGAAGACUUGGUGAUGGGGCUGAUGAUGCCGCUCUUCUUGGUGCUUAGCGGGAUCAGGACGGACUUGUCCCGCAUUCAGAGUUGGCAGGGGGUGGCGUUGUUGGUGCUCAUGGUGUUCGCCUCGGUGGCGUCCAAGGUGGCGGCCAGUGUACUCGUGGCCGCUUUCUAUAAGAUGCCUCUCCAUGAUGGCGUGACCGUGGGACUGCUCGCGAACUGCAAGGGGGUCACCGAGCUGGUCCUCCUUGACAUCGCCAAGGAUUCCCAUAUCAUCGAGGACCAGACCUACACCAUACUGGUGUUGAUGUCGGUGUUGGUGACGGUGGCGGUGAGCCCGCUGAUGACGAAGGUGGUGAAGCCGGUGCGGCGGCUGGUGUCCUACAAGCGGCGGACCAUCUGGUGGUCCAACCCGGACUCGGAGCUCCGCAUCCUUGCUUGCGUUCACACCCCCCGCCAGGUCCCUGCCCUCAUCUCUCUCCUCGAUAUCUCCCACCCCACCAAGAGCUCCCCAAUCUUUGUGUGCGCCCUCCACCUCGUUGAGCUCACUGGCCGCACCGCCGCCUUGCUCGUCGUCAACUCCGCUGCCCCCACCGCCGCCGCCAAGGACCACCACCACCAGCAGCACAUCCCCUCCCUCGGCCGCAUCCAGGCCCAGUCCGACGCCAUCACCCACGCCUUCGUGAGCUACGAGCAGCGCGCCGGCGGCGUCACCGCCCAGUGCCUCACUGCCUUCUCUCCCUACGCCACCAUGCACGAGGACGUCUUCGCCGUCGGCGAGGACCGCCACGCCGCCUUCAUCGUUCUCCCCUUCCACAUGCACCAGACCGUCGACGGCGGCAUGGAGGUCGACCACCGGGCGAUCCGUGGGGUGAACGAGGCCAUCCUCACGGGCGCCCCGUGCUCGAUUGGCAUCCUCGUCGACCGGGGCCUCGGCGCCAGCGGCCACCGCGAGUCCAGGUACCGGGUGGCAGUGCUUUUCUUCGGUGGGCCCGACGACCGGGAGGCGCUGGCGUUCGCGGCGCGCAUGGUGGGACACCCGAGGAUCAACCUCACGGUGGUCCGCUUCGUCUACGGGGAUGGGAGUAGCCGGCAGCAGCAGAACCACCACGAGAGGGCGGCUGGGAGAAGGUCGCCGAGGGCGGAGAAGGUGCUGACGAUAAUGAGCGAGGAGGACAGGGAGCGGCAGCUGGACGAGGAGCGCCUAAGAGAGUUCCGGGCGAGGUGGGGCGGGGACAUGGUGGAGUACGAGGAGGUGGUGGCGACCAACGCGGAGGAGACAAUGGCAGCGAUGAAACGGGUGGAUGAGAGGGGCCGCGACCUCUUCGUGGUGGGGAUGGGGCAUGGGCUGGAGUCGCCGCUGACCGAGGGAAUGAACGAGUGGAGCGAGUUCCCGGAGCUGGGUCCCAUCGGGGACCUACUGGCGUCGGCGGAUUUCGAGGCCACGGCGUCGGUGUUGGUGGUGCAGCAGACCGGCGCGCGAGGCGGAGGACCGGCGGUCGACAUGCUUAUGUCGCCGGACAGUCCUGGGAAGUUGGGAAGGCCGUUUGGCAAUAAGCGUGACGGUGAUCGAGCGUGAAACUUUUUGGGACACGAAAUUGGCCGGUUUUCAUGGCUCCAACUUUGUUCAUAGCUUGUAUUCUAGCGCAUAAGAGUAGGAUGGUGAUGGGUUUUUUCCUUAAAACCAAAAAUUUUAAAUUAUUUUAGAAUAAAUAUAUUU